AUGCGCCCAACAAACCGACAAGAAGUGCUCGCGCGUUUGCGCAAGACCAUCGCCGAUGGCUCCAUCAUUGUCGGAGCCGGAGCUGGAAUCGGGCUCUCCGCCAAAUUCAUCGAAAAAGGCGGCGCCGACCUCAUCCUGGUCUACAACUCGGGCCGCUUCCGCAUGGCCGGCCGGGGCUCUCUGGCGGGCAUGAUGCCCUACUCCGAUGCCAACGCGGUGGUGGUUGACAUGGCCUCCGAAGUCCUCCCCAUCGUGGAAAACACCCCCGUGCUCGCCGGGGUGUGCGGCACCGACCCCUUCCGCGACAUGCGGCCCUUCCUGCAGCAGCUGCGCUCGCUGGGCUUCGUCGGGGUCCAGAACUUCCCGACGGUCGGGCUGAUCGACGGCAAGUUCCGGGCCAACCUCGAGGAGACGGGGAUGGGGUACGAGCGCGAGGUCGAGAUGAUCCGGCUGGCGCACGAGCUGGACCUGGUGACGACGCCGUACGUGUUUACCGUCGACGAGGGCGAGCGCAUGGCGCGCGCGGGCGCCGACGUGAUCGUCGUGCAUCUGGGGCUCACGACUUCCGGGACGAUCGGGGCGCAGACCAGUCUAUCGUUGGAUGAGAGUGUGGCCGUCAUUCAGGAGGUGAGGGAUGCAGUGACCAAAAUCAACGAGGAGGUCAUUGUGCUGUGUCAUGGGGGGCCGGUGGCCAGCCCGGAGGAUGCGCAGUAUGUUUUGUCGAGGGUGAAAGGCGUGCAUGGGUUCUUUGGGGCGAGUAGUAUGGAGCGGUUGCCGGUGGAGAGGGCGAUCGAGGAGAAUGCGAGGAGGUUCAAGGGGGUUAAACUGGGUUGA